GUUGUGGGAAGUCAUUCGCCGCCCAAACUCUGGUGGAAGUUUUGCGAGAGUGUGAUGUCACCUGCCAAUAUGUUUCAGGCUCUCGGUUGUUUACCACCACCGAGGGCAUGGCCGAGAAUAGUCUUUAUGAGCUGUUUGAGUCGAGCAACCAAGUGCUGGUGAUCGGUGAGAAAGAACUACUUGCAGACUUGAAA